AUGUCCAAGGACAUAUUACACCCUGUGAAAAUGAAGUAUUCCGCUGAUUCUCCGGUGAAGCAAUCUCCUUCAUUAAUGGAGAGACUUCGGACUGCCAUUUCUUUCUCUUCAGAGAAGUCUUUUAAUACUGUGAAACCAGUGAAGGUGCGCCUGAUCAAUGGCUGGCAAGACUUCACAUCUGAAAAAGUAAACAUACUGGUUUGCAAUUUCCUCUAUGACAGAAAUGCAGGAUAUCAUAAGCUGUUGAGAGAUCUCGAACAGAUGUCUGGUUUUCGUCGGGAGCAGAUUUUCUAUGUCACGCUAUGUACCUUCUGUGUGUUGUUUAUUCGUCAGAAUGCACUUCUAAUUGUGCACUCUCUAACUGUAUUACUGUUUCCGGCAGCAUGCACUCUAAUACUUCUGAGCAAUGGAGAGCCUGAAAAAUCUAGGUUUUGGCUACGUUACUGGGUAGUUUACGCACUAAUGACUACUCUCAGUAGAUUAUUAAGGAGAUCAAAUUAUGAAACCAGCGAUAUUUCUUGGAUGGAAGUAAUUUUCUCCAUUUUAUGUCUUAUUCCUGGAACUUUCCUGCUUGACUUCGUCUUCACUUUCAUCAUACCUCUAUUCAGCGCAGUUAUGAACAAGAUAGAAGAGUACAACUAUCACCUAGCUUGUUACUUGAAUUAA